AUGGGGAAGUGGCGUUUCAUGGGCUGCCGCAACGGCCUUGCCGUCCUGGUCAACGGGGGUCGGCGUGAGGCCAUCGUGUGGGAUCCUCUCACCGGCCAGCAACAUCGUGUGCCUUUUCCACCGGGGCUUCACGACGUUACAACGAGUAGUUUCUAUGCCUGGCAUGCCGCGGUGCUUUGUGCUAAUGCCGAAGAUGGGCACGUGCACGGAGAUUGCAUCAGGGGGCCGUUCAAAUUGGUCUUGAUCUGCAACAGAUACGAGCAGGCAUUUGCUUCUCUCUAUGACUCCACAUCUCGUGCUUGGGGAGAUAUUUCCUCAAUGGCGAUAGAAAAUAAAAUUCAUUGGACAAGGUACAGCAUCCUUGUCGGAAAUGUGCUUUGCUGGGCGAUUUGUGGAGGUGAUGCCCUUGUGUUUGAUACUGAAAUACAGAGUCUUGCUGUGAUUGAGAAGCCGGCAGACAAGAAAGCUAUCAGUGACUGGUCUUUUCAGCUCUUACGGAUGGAGGAUGGUGGACUAGGCCUCGCUGCUUUGUCGGGACUGACCGUCCAAUUAUGGGAAAGGAAACUUAACUGUGAAGGUGUUGUCGGAUGCGUGUUGCUGCAGAAAACCAUUCCUUUGGAGGGGUUGCUUCCAAGCACAAAGCCUUUGGUAUUUAUCGUGGGGUAUGAUGAGGACACAAAUGCGAUUGUUCUGUCUACGGGGAUUGGCAGCUUCAUGAUCCAACUUGACUCAAUGCAGAUCAAACAUAUCAUUAAAAGAAAUGACAUGUGUAUCGACAUGUUUUAUCCCUACCAUAAUUUCUACACUGCAGGCAGGGGAGUUAGGUGGAAAUGGGUGGAACUGGAACUUUGA